AUGGCUGCUAAACGGGGAAGAAAGCCUAGAGUUGCACCUGCUGUUGAACCUGUUGUUGAACCCGCUGAACCUGAACCAAGUGCUAAUGCUACUGUCAACUUCACGCUAGAAGAUGUAGCGAACCUCAUCACUGACCGCAUGAAUGCGAUGAUGCCGAAUCUUGCUACACAAGUUGCACAGAUAUUAGAGAUCCCACUGACUGAAGGCACCAGAAUCACCCAGAGCAAGAAAGUUCAAGAAGAACCUGAACAGAACCAGGAAGUGCAUAGUGAUUCUGAGGGUGCUAGCCAGAUCAACACUCGGGCUACUGCUGAAGGCAGAGUUAGCCAAGGCAGAGGGUGUUCAUUUAAGACCUUCACUCAGUGCAAACCCCCAGUCUACAUAGGGGAGAAAGGAGCUGCAGAGUUGUUGAUGUGGUUUGAGAACAUGGAGGAGGCCCUGUACCAUACUGAGACUGCUGAGGAUAAGAUGGUGGAGCAUGCGACUAGCCAAUUUGACGGUGCUGCUAGGUCAUGGUGGACUGGUAUUGUCACAACUGAUGGUAGGAAGACCGCUUAUUCUCACACCUGGGAGGAACUCCAGAAGAUGAUGAGAGCUGAGUUCUGUACCAAAGAUGCACUGCAAGAGUUGGAACAAGAGUUUUGGGACUUGAAGAUGAAAGGAGUAGGGAUUGAGAAGUAUAUUCUGAGAUUCAAUGAGCUUGCUAGGCUUGUACCACAUUUGGCUUCUAUUGAAGAGAAGAAGAUUGAUCAUUUCAUUUGGGGUUUGAUCCCGGAGAUCCGUCGUGCCCUCACCAGCAAAGGCCCUAAGACUAUGUCAAGAGCCACUGUACUGGCUAAGACUUUGACUAAAGAUAUUAUCAGAUCAGGAGGGUUGACUGAGAAUGCUGAGAAAGGGAAAAGGAAGGCUGAGGAAGUGGUGGAAAGGAAAGUUGAGCCCCCAAGUAAGAAGGGGAAGAUCUUGAAGAACUAUGCGGUGACCGUAGUGCCUGAACCUACUAGAUAUUCUGGAGCUUACCCAAAAUGCACCCGCUGUAAUCUUCAUCACACUGGUGAUUGUCCUGUCUGCUUUAAGUGCCAGGGAAUUGGGCACAUGGCCAAGUACUGUAGUGCUAUUUCAACAAAUCCGCCCAGGAACAACCCACCGCCAGUCAACAGAAAUCCUCCUGCCAGGAACACUCGACUUCCACUACCACCUGCUGCUCCAGUUCAAAGGAAUCAGAACCAGAACGCCCAAGUUCAGCGUGUUGCUUAUCCACGCGGGCCUAGAAACCAGAACCAGCAGAACAAUCAGCAUCAGCAAAACCCACAAGGCCCAGCGAACGCCCGUGUUUUUGUAGUGAAAGCUGAGGAAGCUCGUCAGAACCCUCGGGUUGUGACAGGUACUUUUCUUCUGAACGAUCAUUAUGCUUCUGUGCUAUUUGACUCCGGUGCUGAGCGUAGCUUUGUUGCGCUAGAAUUUAAAACUAGAACUAAAAUGAUAUCUGGUAAACUAGAAGAUCGAUAUGUGGUAGAAUAUGCUAAUGGCCAGCAGUACGAUACCAACGAAAUUGCUCUAGAUUGUCCUAUGACCUUAGUAGACAAGAACUUUACUAUCGACCUAAUCCCUGUUGAGAUUAGUAGCUUCGACAUUAUCGUGGGAAUGGAUUGGCUAUCCAAACAGCACGCGACUAUUUGUUGCCACAAGAAAUCAGUUCAUAUACCGCUACCGAACGGCGAGAUUUUAAUUGUACAAGGCGAAAAAUCUACAAACGAACUCAAGAUCGUCACAGCUAUGAAAUUUCGUAUUCCACCUGUUAGACAAGUCGAGUUCAAUAUCGAUCUAGUUCCCGGUGCAACACCUGUCGCUAAGGCACCGUAUCGUUUAGCUCCUCCCGAAAUGCAAGAACUGUCCAAUCAAUUGCAAGAACUUUUGAGCAAAGGCUUUAUCCGUCCUAGUUCAUCCCCUUGGGGAGCACCUAUUCUAUUUGUCAAAAACAAAGACGGUUCCAUGAGAAUGUGCAUAGACUACCGUGAACUGAACAAACUAACCGUUAAGAACCGGUAUCCCCUACCUCGCAUAGACGAUCUGUUCGACCAAUUGCAAGGUGCUUCGUACUUUUCUAAGAUCGAUCUACGUUCGGGAUAUCACCAGAUUUGCGUUCAAGAUGGUGACGUCCCAAGGACCGCUUUUCGUACCCGCUAUGGUCAUUAUGAAUUCCUCGUUAUGCCUUUCGGUCUAACUAAUGCUCCAGCAAUCUUUAUGGACUUAAUGAACCGUGUCUGUCGUCCGUUCUUAGACAAAUUCGCUAUAGUGUUCAUAGAUGACAUACUUGUGUACUCUCGGAACAAGACUCAUCAUGAGCAACAUCUUCGAUCCAUUCUUCAACUUCUUCGCGAUGAACAAUUAUACGCUAAGUUCUCUAAGUGCGAGUUCUAG